CUUGAUGAUGUAAUCAUUAGAGGACAGUGUUGUAGUUACAGUAAUGUGAAAAGUAGUUGUCUGCAUACGUUUUAUGAAUCGGUUUCUUUUUAUUUUGACCAAGUGGAUCUAACAUGGCGGAUUAUUGGAAGUCACAACCAAGGAAAUUCUGCCAGUAUUGCAAGUGCUGGAUUGCUGACAACAAACCUAGCAUCGAGUUCCAUGAAAGAGGGAAGAAUCACAAAGAAAAUGUGGCUGCUAAAAUUUCAGAGAUUAAGAAAAAGAGCAUUCAAAAUGCUAAGAACGAGGAGCGGAUGUGCAAACAGUUUGCAGCGAUGGAGGAGGCAGCACUGAAGGCGUACGAGGAAGAUCUGAAGCGGAUGGAGAGGGAGUCGCAAGGGUUAAGUUCUCCGGUCCAAGCAGCCCCAAAGCCGCUGCCUAAACCUCAGGUGAUAUUUCAGCCCAAAAACAAACAAAAGAAAUCGGGGAAGGCGAGCAGGAAAUCUAAAGAGCCAACACCAGUGCAGGUCUGGGUGGAAGGCAAGACAGAUGAUGGACACACUUACUACUACAACACAGUAACAGGAGAGUCUCAGUGGGAAAAACCAGGAGAUAUUCAGGGGGAACGAUCAGCUUCUGCACAGUUUCAGGAGUCUGGGAGUUCCUCAGGUUCUCCUUGGAUGGAAGCUGUAAGUCCCGAAGGUUACACGUACUACUAUAACACCAGAACAGGAGAAUCCAGCUGGGAGAAACCAGCCGACUUUCCCUCCAGCGAGGAAGCGAAGAUCAACCAACCGGAAAGCGAAGGAGAGCCUCCAGCUUCUCAGCCGGAGGCGUCGACUGGAGGAGAGGAGAGCUCCGAUAAGGAGGCGCAACCUGGUGAAUUGGAACAGAAGCCCCAAACCCCUAAAAUCAACUUCAGAAAAAGAAAACCAGAAGCCGAACCUUCGGAAACUGAAGAAAAAGUGACAGAAGUUCCAAAAGAGGAAAAGAUGGAGACAAAAACGGAGGAGGCCAAGAGCUCAGAAACCAAACCAGAAGAAGUGGUGACAGCAGAAAGACCACAAAUUAGGAGGCGAAAAGCAGCCAAUCCGUACGGAGCUUGGGAAAAAAUCAAGCAGGAAAAGGAUCCAUUCGCCAACGUGGACUUACAGCUGCCCCAGACGGAGGAGAGCGCGGCCGCUGCUCUGCCCGAGCUCCCACCAGAGCCCAAGCCCAAGUUCAAGGAGCGAAUCAUCACCUCGCUAGGAGAAGAGGGCGGACCUGCAUCAUUCAGGAAGAACAAGACCCAGAACGGAAAAUCUAGGAGCCUCCGGCAGAGGGAGGACGAAGACUGACAGAACAUGUGGAAGCCUCCUGAUGAACUAUCUUUCCAAAAUGUAUCACGGAUUUGGCCAAAUUUAAAAUGUUUUUUUCUUGUAUUAAAAUCUUAAUUUUCAGGUC